AUGGCGUGCUCAGACACCUUCGCUGGCUUAGCCUCUUUGCUCGUACAUCAAGCGAGCCAUGCGAAUACUGUCUCCAAGGGCUCUUCCCCUCCUCCAACGCAGCCCAACACCAUCCUUCAGGAAACGCUGUUUGCAAGUACAGUCUCAACCAAUGAGCAAGCCAGUCCAGCUGCUCCGAUUGCUGAGAGCCCUUCACCUUCAUUUUACAUUUGUGAUUGUGGAGAGGAAUUUCAUGAGUUUAGUCUGAUGCUGGAACAUAAACGUUCACACGUCUCUGAGAUGCAGCAGCUGCAGCCCCUAGACAGUAAUAUUGCUCUUCCUAGUGGAGCAGAGUCUGACGGUGAUUUUGCUACCCAGCAGCCAUCAUUUACUUCUGUAAACCAGACGGGUUUAGAUCUUAGUCGCCCUUCGACUUCCUUGUCCCCAGCUAUUGAAGCGUCCCCAUCGAAUUCAGCAGAUGUGGAUUUGGAGGACCAUGUUGCCAUGGUAACACCUCAAGACCAGUGUAUUCCUCCUCCUAAAGAUAUCAGUAUGGAGCCAACUGAAAGCAUGUCUUCUGCUGCAGAGGACAUGUCGGAGAGUGAAGAAGAUGUGGUUUUUCCAAACAAACCUAAUUCAGACCAACAUAAUUCAAAGGGUGAAUAUUUACCCAAAAAUAACGCCCUAAUGAAGAUGCUGGCAUCAGCGUACAAAAACCGUUAUCCACCUCCUUUGUCCGAGAGUCUAAAUGAUGAGAGAGUCGUACCCAAGCAAGAAGCUUCUCAAAUUGAAAUAACACCAGUAGAUAAACCACAAGCCUCUUCAAUUAAUGAUCUCUCUAUUGCCCAGUUGAGACGACUGCUCAUUAAACCUGGUAUAAAAACCAAAGCUCCAUCUAUUAGUAAAAUCCUGGAGUCAAGUAGGAAGAGGGUCGUCUCCCUAACUAAGACUUUGUCUCCUGUUGUGGUUCUUGAAACCCGCCAAAAGCUCAUGGAUUCCUCAUGUAAAGGCACAUAUGGGAGAUAUCAAUGUGGCCGCUGUCGUAGAGUCUUUCAGAAUGUAGACAAACUGACAGAGCAUCAUUUUUUGCACAAAAAAGAGCGGAUCAAAUGUUGCCGUCGUUGCAAACAGCUCAUCAUUGGCCGGUUGCCUUUGCCCGACAAUCAUGUCUGCCCUCAGAUGAGAAACAAACCGUUAGCAAGGCCCUUGAAAAACAAGUUACCAUUUGGCUCUAAAAUAGUGCCAUUCCACAGUCUGAACAAUCCGAAAAAGGUUUUCUUUUGUCCAUUGUGCAAAAAUAGCUAUGCACGGAGGUGGAACCUGAAAACACACCGAUGCAUUGGUCAAAUGUCACUUCUCUCUGAGCAGGGCAAUUCCACAACACCGAUGCUCACCCUAAAGGUCAACAACGCCCAUACUGACACAGAUCAAGAUAAGAGUGAAUACCAGAGUAUUGCUGUAGGUACUGAGGUUACAAGCCACAUCAAGGUUGAAAUGAAUUCCCCAAAUUCAGAGCAGUCUGAAGCUUCACUGUUGGCCUGGACUCCAGCAGCAAAAAGCUUCUCGCCAUUCUUUGUCCCAUCUCCCGUGAUGGAGUCACACCAUGAUCUCUUAAUUGCUUCACUCCAGGAAGGAGAAGUAGAAAGCUGGAAUGCAGAAGGGCUUGAUGAUGAACAUGGCAAAGGACAGUGGACAGUGCCCCUGGAUGAUGAAGUGCAUGCAUUUAAUUUUCUUAAUAAAGCUGGUGAUGAUGAACAGGCAAAGCAGUCGGGGUCGGUCAAGCACUCAGAGAUGACUCCCCACGGCCUGCGCUAUUUCGUGAGUAAUGGUGUAAGGCGUUACCCUUGCAGCAGGUGUCAGAAAACCUACAGUCGUGCCUCAACUCUGCGGCGCCACCUGCGACUGUGUGGCUUUAGGCCACGUGGGUUUGGGAGUGUAGCUCAGACUCAAGUUCAGGGUGCCAUCGCACAUAAUUCCACUUCCGUAAAGCCAAUGUUUUCCUGCUUUGUCUGCGGAAGGGCCUUCAAUCGCAAGGAUAACAUGAUGACUCACAGAAAGAGGUGUCAGUUUAAGCGAACAAUGUCCGACGCACAGAGAGUGACGGUGCAGCCGAGAGUGACGGUCAACGCAGCAGCUGACACGCAACCUCAGGAAGAUGAUGCAGGAAAUUGGGGCAUCAUGUCUCUGCCCUCUGUACUUCCAAGAAGGGUAACGUGCGAGUGCGGCGCUGGGUUUACAUCUCCCCGACUCCUCCUGGAUCAUUUGCAGAAGCAUGCACAAGAAUCCUACACAUGUCCCACUUGUGGAGAAACUGUCAGUUCCUGGGCUGACUAUGAAGUUCAUUUGCAGAUCCAUAUGCAUCCUCAUCACCAGCUGAUGAAGGGACUGCAGCCAUCGCAGCCUCUUCUAGUGCGAAUACAGCAGCCGCAGUUGCCUCAGCCCGUGCUGCAGUCGGCUCAGUCAGUAAUGCAGGCAGCUCAUCCUGUGCUGCAGCCUCCACAGAAACAGCCACGCCCAGAGUUGCCUCCGCAUCUAUCAAAAAAGCAACGGACUCUGUGCAAUCGAUGCGGAAAUACUUUUGCGUCUCGUUGUUCCCUUCGAAGGCACAUAUCAUGGAAUCGCUGCAAAGGCUUACGGGCUGCAAACCCACCCAAAACCUUCAACUGUUCUCACUGCAACGCAGACUUUCCAAACGGUAUCAGUCUGUUGUUUCACCAGAGAAACGGAGCGUGCAAACCUGCCAUCAAGCCUGUACGCUGCCCUGUUUGUCUGCGCUGGUUUGGAACGAUGGACAGUCUGCAGAAGCACUUGCUGACUCACAAACAGUCAGAAUCGUAUCGCUGUGACGUCUGUCAGGGUGUAUACCCGUCCCUUAAAUCUCUGAAGAUCCACCGCAGGAGGAUUCAUCGCAUCCUGAUAGGAAACCCUCGGCCUAAAACACAAGAACUACCGACAUUUUAAUCACACUUGGUUUUAACUGAGACAUUUUUGACACAAAGUGGGAUAUAUUUUAUGUAUUUUUAUUCUUCAUGUACUUGUUUUUGUUUGUUUGGUUACUUUUCAGGACCCACUUGAACAGUAAGCAGCCACGAUGUUUUUAGAUGAUUUCUUU